ACAUUUUUCUGCUUUCUCUUCAAAACCGUUACAUUGAGACAGCGAAAACCUUCGAGGAGAUUUUUUUUCUAGGGACUUUCAGAAGCAAGCAGCAAACCCUAAAGAGAUAAAAGGGAAACUAAUUUACUUUUUUUUUUCUUUUCUUUUUGAAACUUCUUCUGAUUCAAAGUUAUAUAGGUAAGAUCUAGGUUUCAUCUCGAAUUUCUAGUUUUGAACCUAAUUUUAUAGGUAAGAUCUAGGUUGGAGAUCGUUUAUGUUUUGCUCGGAAUCGAUUACUGGAGUAUGUGAUUUCAAAUAAUCCAAACAGAACUCAACGAUCCUUGAAGAACAAGGAUCUUCAUUACAGACAACCUUAGUUCUACCAUUUACAAGCCUUUGAUGGAGCAAUUCAGGCAAAUCGGCGAGGUUCUUGGAAGCUUAAACGCGCUUAUGGUGUUACAAGACGAUAUCUUGAUCAACCAAAGACAAUGCUGUUUGUUGUUAGAGAUUUUCAGUUUGGCGUUCAACACCGUAGCGGAAGAUAUCAGACAAAACUUGAAGCUCGAAGAGAAGCAUUCCAAAUGGAGAGCCCUUGAACAGCCUUUGAGAGAGCUCUACAGAGUGUUUAAAGAAGGUGAAAUGUACGUUAGAAGCUGCAUGUCUAAUAAAGAUUGGUGGGGCAAAGUAAUCAACUUUCAUCAGAACAAAGAUUGUGUUGAGUUUCACAUACACAACUUGUUCUGUUACUUUCCCGCCGUGAUCGAGGCGAUAGAGACAGCUGGAGAGAUUUCUGGUCUCGACCCUUCAGAGAUGGAUAGAAGGAGAGUUGUCUUCUCUAGAAAGUACGAUAGAGAGUGGAAUGAUCCUAAGCUGUUUCAGUGGAGGUUUGGGAAACAGUAUCUGGUUCCCAAGGAUAUUUGUAGCCGCUUUGAGCAUUCAUGGAGAGAAGACAGAUGGAAUCUAGUUGAGGCGUUACAAGAGAAGAGAAAGUCCAAGAGCGAUGAGAUUGGGAAAACCGAGAAGCGUUUAGCUGACUUUCUGUUGAAGAAACUAACCGGUUUGGAACAGUUUAACGGUAGGCUCUUCCCGAGUUCGAUACUCGUUGGCUCUAAAGAUUACCAAGUGAGGAGGAGACUAGGCGGUGGUGGUCAGUACAAGGAGAUUCAAUGGUUAGGUGAUUCUUUUGUCCUGAGACAUUUUUUCGGAGAUCUUGAGCCGUUGGAUGCAGAGAUAUCUUCUCUGUUAUCGCUAUGUCACUCGAAUAUACUUCAGUACCUAUGUGGAUUCUAUGACGAAGAGAAGAAAGAAUGUUCUCUGGUAAUGGAGUUAAUGCACAAAGACUUGAAAAGCUACAUGAAGGAGAACUGUGGACCUCGAAGAAGGUAUCUCUUCUCUGUUCCCGUUGUGAUUGAUAUAAUGCUUCAGAUCGCUCGAGGCAUGGAGUAUCUUCAUUCAAACGAGAUCUUCCAUGGAGACUUGAAUCCAAUGAAUAUUCUUUUGAAAGAGAGAAGUCACACCGAAGGUUACUUCCACGCCAAGAUAUCCGGUUUCGGUUUGAACUCAGUCAAAACUUUUACUCGAGCUUCCUCUAGACCAACCACUCCUGCUCCUGUGAUUUGGUAUGCACCUGAGGUUCUAACAGAGAUGGAACAAGAUCUCAAAGGUAUAACAGUUCCGAGAUCAAAGUUUACUCAUAAAGCUGAUGUGUAUAGCUUUGCUAUGGUGUGUUUUGAGCUUAUAACCGGUAAGGUACCAUUUGAAGAUAGUCAUCUACAAGGAGAUGAGAUGGGUAAGAACAUAAGAAGGGGAGAUAGACCUCUCUUCCCAUUCCCUUCUCCUAAAUACCUCGUUAGUCUUAUCAGACGGUGUUGGCACUCAGAACCUAGCCAGCGUCCGACUUUCUCUUCCAUUUGCCGGAUACUCCGCUACGUAAAGAAGUUCUUAGUUGUGAAUCCGGAUCAGGGUCACAUCCAAAUCCAAACUCCGCUUGUUGAUUGCUGGGACUUGGAAGCAAGAUUCUUGAAAAAGUUCUCAAUCGAGACAGGGUCUCACGCGGAGUCCGUGAUGCAAAUACCGUUCCAGCUUUACUCGUAUAGAGUCGCAGAGAAGGAGAAGAUGAGUCCAAACUUGAGCAAAGAAGAGAGUUCGGACACAGGAGGUGAGUCUGCUUCAGAAAGCGUUUCGGAUCCACCAACAACAACGCCAAAGUAUACAAAGUCAUUGUGCUUAGAUGCAAUAUCUGAAUACUCAGAGUCUGAUACAAGAUCAAUUUACUCAGAAGCUCCUAAGAAAAAGAUCUCACCAGCUUCAAAGAAAAGUGGUGACAUGGCCAAACUCAGAAGAAACUCAAGCGCAGGUUUACGGUCAACAGGAUCAUCGCCAGUAAAGCCAAGACCAGCACCGAAAGUGACAUUGCCGUUAAGUCCGUUUGGAAGAAACAGCAAAGCCAGGAAGGAUACAAGGUUGCCUUUGAGUCCUAUGAGUCCUUUAGGCCAUGGAAGACGCAGACAUCUCUCUGGUCCUGCUUCGGACUCUGAGCUAACUUAGCCUUUGAAACCCACACUUGUUGUAAUAUUUGUGUGUGAAAAAUUAACUAGUUUCAAUUCGUUCGUUAGAUACUUCCCCUUGUUGAUUUUCUAGUUUCUGAUAUUUGAUUUUUUUCCGACUGUAUGUCA